CUCUCAAUCUUCUGACCUGAUCUACCUUUCUAUUACGGUUUAUAUUUGGGUUUCCACAUUUUAGCUUUCUCUUCAUUUCUUGAUAAUGCAGGGAUAUGGGUCUGUGGACAUUGCUUGAGGGGCUAUUACUUCUUGCAAAUGCGCUAGCAAUCCUAAAUGAGGAUCGCUUCCUUGCUCCCAGAGGAUGGAGCUUCUCAGAUUUUUCAGGCGGCAAGACAAAAUCAUUUAAAGGCCAGUUUAUAGGUCUCAUUUAUGCAACACAGUACUUGAGGGUUCCUCUAAUACUUCUCAACUCAAUCUUCAUAAUUGUAAAGUUGGUUUCUGGAUGAUAACUAGGAUGGUCGGUGGAUGAAGGUAGUAUCCAACAGCUAGAACAGUCGGCAAAGCCUGGCAUCCAUC